AUGGCAUAUUUUGAUUUUAAUGAACUAAAUGAAAUCGCGUAUGACAUUGCUAUUGACGAUUCACCGUUUGGCUUCGAUAAAUUCAAGAUUUCGAAAGAAUCAUUGCUUUUAGCUAAUGAAUAUGGCAAAAAAUUCUUCUGCCGUCUACCAAAAUUACCUUCAAAUAGUGAGUCAGAAAAAAAUUUCAAAAAACAAAAUUUGACGGUUAAUCUUAUUUCGGAAGUAGCAAGUGCAGCAUUUUAUGUGAAAAAUUGUGUAAGUCGAAAUUAUGGCUGGUGGACAUAUGAAGUAUGUUUUGGACAAGAAGUCCGUCAGUUUCAUGGAGAUGGUUCAUUGUCCGAUAAUUCAGCUAUAUUUUUGGGUUUUUAUGGGAAUGACAGUUAUGUUGAUGAAUCGAAGAAAGGCCCAUAUUAUGAACAGUUUUAUUCCAACGGAUCGGUUUGUGAUCUAACGAAUCAUGCGCGGCAAGUUCGAGUCAUGUAUUUGUGUGAUGAAAACCUUCAGACAAACGAAGCGUAUAUUGCUUCAGUUGAAGAGCCGUCACUAUGUCAGUAUAAGAUAGCAAUCAAAACAGGCUCACUUUGUAAACUACAUCCAUUUAAUUCCGUAAAUAAACGUCGACCAAAACUUAAGAUCCAGUGUCAUCCAGUACUGAAUCAAGUUGAAGCCGAUGCAUAUAUUCAAAAAAAGAUCAAUGAAGCCAAAUUGAAGGAAAGUAUGCUGAAAGAAGCUAAUGAAUUGUUGUUAAAAGCUGAUAGUAUCCAAAGACAAAGGCUUGCUCGGAAACGCCUUUCAUUAGCACAUUUAGGUGAUGAAAAAAUGGAAAGUGAAAUUGAAUUGAAAUUAGUAAGUGAGUAUAAGGCUGCUGCUAGCAAAGCAUCUACUCUUCGUGCGAAAGCAGAAGGAUUGGAGAUCGAUUUACAUAUAAUAUCCGACAGUCUCUUUCCGACCAAACAACAGUACAUUAGUGAUGAAGAUGAAGAUCGUGGUAACAUUUACUGGUACUUCAUGGAUCGAUUUUGGGAUAGAAGCUUCUAUCCUGUCAAAGUGGCCUAUGCUCGUCCAAGAAGAAACUUCAAUAAUCUUUUGCGCAAAGGUCCUCUCGAUUUCCUUAUACAAUAUGGUGGCCAGAAAACUGAUAAUUAUAAGCAAUUUUUGGCUGACGUGGAUAAAGGUUUCUAUUCGGAGGAAGAUUUAGAAGAAUUGAUUGGUCCUCUCAACAAAGCAUUUUCUGAAUUCUUACUUCUCUCAAUGCCAAAUUUGGCUUCAUGUAAUUAUAUACCAGGCAUUUCAUUUUUUUUCAAGGAUACUUCUAUUUAUACGUCAAGAUCUUCUGCUUUUUGGACAGAUUCCGAAGUUCAAGCACCAAUCUUCAGAUAUUUUGAAAAGCAUGUUAUGAAUAAUAAUCUUGAUCAGUCAAUAUUUGACGCUGAUGAUAUAAUGGCGAAAAUAGCUCGGCAAUUACUUCAAAUUAAAUCGGCUCUUAAAAGCAAAAGUCCUGAAGACGAUUAUUUUUUCACCUAUAAGAAAAUUGAAGAAUUGUAUGAAAAGUUUGAGCAGUCUUUUAACCGAGGAAUAAAACUUAGCGAUAUUAAGAUGCGCCAUUUGGAACAUCUAUUCGAAGAUGCAUUUAAAAAUGGUAAUAUGGAUAUGGUGGAUAGUUAUCCAGUUAAAAAUCUUAAACUGGAAAAUAUCCAGUUGCUUCAUACUGAUAUCUAUCAGGCACGGACGGUUGAGCUCGAUGGCAAGAAGACAAAUUUAGAAUCAUUUCGAGAACCACAACCAAAAUCUGAAAUGAACGAAGCGAUGCAAGGAAAUGUACUUGAUGAUGAGGAGAAUGCGAAAUUACGAAUGUUUCAACGAGCGAAACGGAAAAAUUUAAGAGCAAAAAUCGAGGAAUAUCUUGAUCGUGACGAUUUCAUAGGUGAUAAAAAACGUCAAGGUGAUGUUAAACAGAUGAUCGAGCAAAUCAAGACCAAAUUAUCCGGCAUUAAAGAUUUAUUAGUGGAAACAGGGCUUUUCAACUCCGAUAAAGUGGAAUUUCAUUUGGUUACUGCUGAUGGAGAUACAGCUGAUUAUAAAAACUAUAAAAAUGUUCAAAAAGGCGAUCGAAUUUUAGUAGCGAUGAUGAAAGCUUAUAUCGAUGAAUAUGAUAUGGUUAAAAUAGAAGCAGAUAGGUACGAAAAUUUAAGAAAAGGUUAUGAUUUCGAUGCACCUGAUGAAUCGAUCGCUACUGAGAAAGAUGACGACAUCAUUAGUGACUUUAAAGCGAAACUUUUGCCAAUUCUCAGGGAUGCGUUUUGA